AUGAGCACUAAAGCUAAGGACCUGCCGCCCUCAUAUGGCGAGUCCGUCCAAGGUGGUCUCUCCUACACCAACGAGUUUGGCAGCGAGAACCCUGUGACAGUCUGCAUGAAAGGAGAAUACCGCUCACCGGACUUCCAAGUCAGCAUGGGCAAAGACGCCCUUGUACUCCUCCAGAUCGAGACCAACUCGACACUAAUUUACCAUUACACGGAUAUCAAAGACCUCCGGCCCAAUGGGAUGAACCACACCAUCAAACGAAAAGUCGAGGGCGACCUAUGGCGGUACACCGCCCACGGACCGGGGAAGGACGGGGUCAAGCUCCUCGAGAUCGAGACCACAGGGAAGAUCGUCGCGCCGGGUUCGUCGACUAGGCUUGUUUUCCGGGGGAAGAUGGAUGGGGAGUUGGAUGCGCUGCAUUUCAAUUCGACGACGGAAUUGAAAGGCCGGAAUAGAGUUGUUGAGGUUCUGCACCGUAGCCGGCGUGUCGGGCAGAUCGAGCAGGUCGGAAGAGACGAGAAGCCUGAGUUCUCUCUGAGUAUCGAUGUGGCCAGGAUUGAUCCGUUGCUGUUUGUCGUUUAUGCUCUCGUGCUGGAUGAUCGGUUGAUGACGCAGAGGAGGAGGCUAAGGCGGCCGUUUGGGAGCGGAUUCGCCGGCAUCGGAAAGGGUCCUGGUGCUGGACUCGCGGGCGCCUUUGCUGUUGGGAGUGGUUGA